AUGCAGAUCUUCGUCAAGACCCUUACGGGUAAGACUAUCACCCUUGAGGUGGAGUCCUCCGAUACCAUUGACAAUGUCAAGUCCAAGAUCCAGGACAAGGAGGGUAUUCCCCCUGACCAGCAGCGCCUGAUCUUCGCUGGUAAGCAGCUCGAGGAUGGCCGCACUCUUUCGGAUUACAACAUCCAGAAGGAGUCGACCCUUCACCUCGUCCUCCGCCUGCGUGGUGGUGGUAAGAAGCGCAAGAAGAAGGUCUACACCACCCCCAAGAAGAUCAAGCACAAGCACAAGAAGACCAAGCUCGCCAUCCUCAAGUACUACAAGGUUGACGGUGAUGGAAAGAUCGAGCGUCUUCGCCGCGAGUGCCCCGCUCCCGAGUGUGGUGCCGGUGUCUUCAUGGCCGCUAUGCACAACCGCCAGUACUGCGGUAAGUGCCACCUCACCUACGUCUUCGACGAGGCCAAAUAA